AUGGCCAACCAACAUCAAAAGAAUAUUGAAACUCAUAAUGAAAAAGUAAAGAAAAAUAGGGAGAUCUUAAGACGAUUAAUUGAUGUAGUUUGUUUUUUAAGUGAACAACAACUAGCAUUCAGAGGUCAUGAUGAAUCAGCUGAUUUUGAUAAUGAGGGCAAUUACGUAGAAAUACUCCACCUCUGUAAGAAAUACGAUCCUAUAUUAUCAAAUUUGCAAGAGGAAGGCGUUUUUUCUGGCACUUCAAACAGAUUUCAAAAUGAUUUAAUAAAUAGCGUGGCUGAAGUUCUUUUAGAAAAGAUUAAAUCGGAAAUUAACGAUUCAACAUUUGUGGCUAUCAUUUUAGAUGAAGCAACUGAAAUUAGAACUGGAGCACAGCUUUCAUUUGUUAUAAGAUAUGUUUUAAGUGACGGUAAUAUUGCAGAAAGAUUUUUAGGAUUUUUAAAUGUAAGUUUUGAUCGUACGGCAAGUGGUUUGUCAAAAAUUGUGUUCGAUAAAAUAGAAGAGUUAAAAAUUGGCCAUAAGUUUGUGGCUCAUACUUAUGAUGGUGCAAGUGUGAUGCCAAGUGAAUUAAAUGGUUUGCAAAAGAAAGUUAAAGAAAAGUAUCCUCAUGCUUUUUUUGUUCAUUGUAUGGCCCAUAGAUUAAAUCUAGUUCUGUCUCAAGCGGCUGCAAAUAUUCAAGAAUGCGAUAAGUUUUUUUCACAGAUAAAGUCUUUUUCGUUAUUUUUUUGUAAGUCGACCAAACGCGUGCAUCUAGAUACUGAAAUUAAAAAGCGUUUUCCAAAAGUGACGCCAACUCGCUGGAACUUGAAUCAUUCUUUGGUAGAAACAGUUCGUGAAUAUCAUGAGCAACUUGCUGAUUUAUUCCUAAACAUCAUUGAUAAUUCAAGUAGAUGGGACACGGAAAGCUAUACCUAUGCUCAGUCGUUGUAUUCUAAUUUACAAAAUUGUGAAUUCAAUUUUUUGUUAAAUGUGUUUGGAGAUAUUUUUAUUUACACAAAUACAGCAUUUGACAUCCUCCAGGAAAAUACAUUUGACGUAUUCUACUGUAUUCAUACAGUAAAUGAAAUUGUGAAAGUUUUGAAAGAAAAAAAGCAAGAAUUUUCUAAAUUUUGGGCUAACGUUGAUGGCAUUUAUCCUCAAAUAAAGAAAAGAAAAACUGCUUUUGAAACAGAAGAAGAAAGAUACAGACAGCUGUUCUACAAAAUUAUAGAUUUAAUUUGCGAGCACAUUGAGAUAAGAUUUCAAAAUUUAAAUGAAUUACAUUUUUUAGCGCUUCUCGAUCCAAUGAGACAAAGUAACAACGUCCAGGAAACAUCUCUAACUUGUCUUAAACAUACCUAUGAAGACCAUUUCGACAGCCAAAAGUUAAGAAGCGAACUUACUGCCCUGUACAAAGAUGCUGAACUAAAAGGAAAAUCCAUUCAAGAUUUACUUUACAUCCUGCGUAAUAGUGGAUUAGAUGAAGCUUUGCCCCAGUUAACGAAGCUUUGUGAAUUAAUAUUAACACUACCAACAAUAAGUGCUACAGUGGAGCGCUCUUCUUCAUACCUAAACAGAAUUCAUAGUUAUACGAGAAAUUCGCAGGGACAAGAAAGGUCGAGCAGUUUAGCUCUAAUUGGCAUAGAAAAAGCCGUUUUAAAAAGCAUUAAGAACGAUACCUUCUACAAUGAUGUUAUCAACAAUUUCAACAAGAAAGAGAGAAGGAUUGAAUUAACAUUUAAAUAA